UGCCAAACAGCAUCUCUCGCUCUACAGUCUAUUCCCGGUUCACGCUAAAGAAUAUGCUCCUCAUAGAUUUCAUCCAAUCGGUAGACGUUGACAGCCUCGUUGCCCGGGUGGGAGAAAUCGGAUUUGCCAAGAUCUCGACUGGCGCUGACGGCAGCCCUGGCCAGCUACAAGCUCCUGCACGCACUUCGGGCACAAUCAACCGCUAUGCAUUGUCCGAGUACGAAACAUACGGGGACGUAUUUGUUUUGGAGCCGAAUGCCGUAGCCAUCUGCAAUCCAGCCGAUGUGCGCACGGUGCUGGGCUCGCACGCAUUCGCAAAGUUCUACGAUUUCUACCACACGGUUGAUCUGCUUGGGGUCAAGAACACGUUCAGUGCAACCGACCCGGCGUUUGUCAAUAUGCGCAAGCGCCAGCUAGGUCCGUUCUUUACGCAGAGUUUUUUGAACCAGAUGGAGCCGAUGAUUCUUGAGCGCGGGAUCCGCUCGCUGGAGUCCAAGUGGGACGAAAUGCUGAGCAGGUCUGCAGACGGCAAGGUCGAGAUCGGCUACAGCAACGACUUUAUGCUGGCGACAUUCGACAUUAUCGGAGCGCUGGCGACAACGACACAGGAGAUCAUCGACUGGGUCAAUGCCGCAGUCAUGUACAAUGGGACCAUGGCCACAGUGCCUGUGACCAACUACUUCCCGUUCUCGCUCCUGCUCAACCCGUGGAAGCAAAAGUUCCACCAGCUGGCGCAGUUCUGCCGCCGCGCAGCCGACCGGCGCCGGGAGCUGCUGAGACAGGGGAGGGAGAAGCCGGUGGAUCUGCUGCAGGCGUACAUUGACGCCGAAGACCCCGAGUCCAAGGUGCGAAUGGACGAGACGCAGAUUACUGCCGAGUCCAUUGUGGCCACUGUCGCAGGCACCGAUACGUCGGCGACCACGCUGACGUGGACUGUUCAUUUGCUCAUGAACCAUCCCGAAAUCUACAAGCAGGUCGUCGAGGAAGUGCGCAGCAACUUUGCUGCCGAACACCUGAUCACGCACGCCGACGUCAAGAGCAAGCUGCCGCUGGUCGAGGCCAUCAUCUACGAGUCCAUGCGGCUGUGUCCUGUGCAGGGCGGGUACUUGCCACGCGUGGCACCUCCCAGCGGCGUCACAUUGCAGGGACACUUUAUCCCCGGCGGCACGCAGAUCUACAUCAACUAUGGCGCCGUCAGCCAUCACAGGGAAAUCUGGGUCGAGCCGCACAAGUUCGAUCCGACCAGGUUCCUGAACAGCGAGGCAGCGAGACGCAACUUCUUUGCGUUCAGCCCUGGCGUCCGCAUCUGCCCCGGAAGGCACUUGGCGUUCCUGGAGAUGCAGACUAUUCUGGCCAACAUGCUGAAGGAUUACGACUGGUCGUUGCCCGAGGACUACACACACAUCGGCCCGGAAGUCAUCGGCGAGCAUGGCUACCCGAAGAUUAUCGAGGCUUCGCACCUGCUUGUCACAGCGCCCAAGAACCCAGAGCGCGAUUGCCGACUGGUCAUCUCUAGACAUGCUUGAAACUAUCCAGCAAUGCAAAAAGAAUCGAUGCUGA